AUGCAGUGGUGCCCCUCCCUGCUGCCGUGUUUCCUUGUCAGGGAUGCCCUGCUGGUAAUCCAGUGGAACAUUCGGGCCUUCAUGGGGGUCAAGAAUUGGCCCUGGAUGAAGCUCUACUUCAAGAUCAAGCCGCUGCUAAAGAGCGCAGAGACGGAGAAGGAGAUGGCCAACAUGAAGGAGGAAUUCGGGCGCAUCAAAGAGUCACUGGAGAAGUCUGAGGCUCGCCGCAAGGAACUGGAGGAGAAGAUGGUGUCCCUGCUGCAGGAGAAGAACGACCUGCAGCUCCAAGUGCAGGCGGAACAAGACAACCUCAACGAUGCUGAGGAGCGCUGCGACCAGCUCAUCAAGAAUAAGAUCCAGCUGGAGGCCAAGGUGAAGGAGAUGACCGAGAGGCUGGAGGACGAGGAGGAGAUGAACGCUGAGCUCACUGCCAAGAAGCGCAAGCUGGAAGAUGAGUGCUCUGAGCUCAAAAAGGACAUUGAUGACCUGGAGCUGACACUGGCCAAGGUGGAGAAGGAGAAACAUGCAACAGAGAACAAGGUGAAGAACCUGACAGAGGAGAUGGCUGGGCUGGACGAGAUCAUCGCCAAGCUGACCAAGGAGAAGAAAGCUCUGCAAGAGGCCCACCAACAGGCCCUGGAUGACCUUCAGGCUGAAGAGGACAAAGUCAACAGCCUGACGAAGUCUAAGGUCAAACUGGAGCAGCAGGUGGAUGAUCUGGAGGGGUCCCUGGAGCAGGAGAAGAAGGUGCGCAUGGACCUGGAGCGAGCAAAGAGGAAGCUGGAGGGUGACCUGAAGUUGACCCAGGAGAGCAUCAUGGACCUCGAGAAUGACAAGCUGCAGCUGGAAGAAAAGCUCAAGAAGAAGGAGUUUGACAUUAAUCAGCAGAACAGUAAGAUUGAAGAUGAGCAAGCACUGGCCCUUCAGCUGCAGAAGAAACUGAAGGAAAACCAGGCGCGCAUCGAGGAGCUGGAGGAGGAGCUGGAAGCCGAGCGCACCGCCAGGGCCAAGGUGGAGAAGCUGCGCUCAGACCUGUCCCGGGAGCUGGAGGAGAUCAGCGAGCGGCUGGAGGAGGCGGGCGGGGCCACGUCCGUGCAGAUCGAGAUGAACAAGAAGCGCGAGGCCGAGUUCCAGAAGAUGAGGCGGGACCUGGAGGAGGCCACGCUGCAGCACGAGGCCACGGCCGCGGCCCUGCGCAAGAAGCACGCGGACAGCGUGGCCGAGCUGGGCGAGCAGAUCGACAACCUGCAGCGGGUGAAGCAGAAGCUGGAGAAGGAGAAGAGCGAGUUCAAGCUGGAGCUGGACGAUGUCACCUCCAACAUGGAGCAGAUCAUCAAGGCCAAGGCUAACCUGGAGAAGAUGUGUCGGACCCUGGAAGACCAGAUGAAUGAGCACCGGAGCAAGGCUGAGGAGACCCAGCGAUCCGUCAAUGACCUCACCAGCCAGCGGGCCAAGCUGCAAACCGAGAACGGUGAGCUGUCCCGGCAGCUGGAUGAGAAGGAGGCGCUGAUCUCCCAGCUGACCCGAGGCAAACUCACCUACACCCAGCAGCUGGAGGACCUCAAGAGGCAGCUCGAGGAGGAGGUUAAGGCGAAGAACGCCCUGGCGCACGCGCUGCAGUCGGCCCGGCACGACUGUGACCUGCUGCGGGAGCAGUACGAGGAGGAGACGGAAGCCAAGGCCGAGCUGCAGCGCGUCCUGUCCAAGGCCAACUCGGAGGUGGCCCAGUGGAGGACCAAGUACGAGACAGAUGCCAUCCAGCGGACCGAGGAGCUUGAGGAGGCCAAGAAGAAGCUGGCGCAGCGGCUCCAGGACGCCGAGGAGGCUGUGGAGGCCGUCAACGCCAAGUGCUCGUCACUGGAGAAGACCAAGCACCGGCUGCAGAACGAGAUUGAGGACCUCAUGGUGGACGUGGAGCGCUCCAACGCCGCCGCUGCGGCCCUGGACAAGAAGCAGAGGAACUUCGACAAGAUCCUGGCCGAGUGGAAGCAGAAGUAUGAAGAGUCGCAGUCGGAGCUGGAGUCCUCGCAGAAGGAGGCGCGCUCCCUCAGCACGGAGCUCUUCAAGCUCAAGAACGCCUAUGAGGAGUCCCUGGAGCACCUGGAGACCUUCAAGCGGGAGAACAAGAACCUUCAGGAGGAGAUCUCCGACCUGACUGAGCAGCUGGGUUCUAGUGGCAAGACCAUCCAUGAGUUGGAGAAGGUCCGCAAACAGCUGGAGGCUGAGAAACUGGAGCUGCAGUCCGCCCUGGAGGAAGCCGAGGCCUCCCUGGAGCAUGAGGAGGGCAAGAUCCUCCGGGCCCAGCUGGAGUUCAACCAGAUCAAGGCAGAGAUCGAGCGCAAGCUGGCAGAGAAGGACGAGGAGAUGGAGCAGGCCAAGCGCAACCACCUGCGCGUGGUGGACUCGCUGCAGACCUCCCUGGACGCAGAGACGCGAAGCCGCAACGAGGCCCUGCGGGUGAAGAAGAAGAUGGAAGGCGACCUCAACGAGAUGGAGAUCCAGCUCAGCCACGCCAACCGCAUAGCUGCCGAGGCCCAGAAGCAAGUCAAGAGCCUCCAGAGCUUGCUGAAGGACACCCAGAUCCAGCUGGAUGACGCGGUCCGUGCCAACGACGACCUGAAGGAGAACAUCGCCAUCGUGGAGCGGCGCAACAACCUGCUGCAGGCUGAGCUGGAGGAGCUGCGUGCCGUGGUGGAGCAGACGGAGCGGUCUCGGAAGCUGGCAGAGCAGGAGCUGAUCGAGACCAGUGAGCGGGUGCAGCUGCUGCACUCCCAGGUGAGGGACACCAGCCUCAUCAACCAGAAGAAGAAGAUGGAUGCAGACCUGUCCCAGCUCCAGUCGGAGGUGGAGGAGGCCGUGCAGGAGUGCAGGAACGCUGAGGAGAAGGCCAAGAAGGCCAUCACGGAUGCUGCCAUGAUGGCGGAGGAGCUGAAGAAGGAGCAGGACACGAGCGCGCACCUGGAGCGCAUGAAGAAGAACAUGGAGCAGACCAUCAAGGACCUGCAGCACCGGCUGGACGAGGCGGAGCAGAUCGCCCUCAAGGGCGGCAAGAAGCAGCUGCAGAAGCUGGAGGCGCGGGUGCGGGAGCUGGAGAAUGAGCUGGAGGUGGAGCAGAAGCGCAACGCGGAGUCCAUCAAGGGCAUGAGGAAGAGCGAGCGGCGCAUCAAGGAGCUCACCUACCAGACUGAAGAGGACAGGAAGAACCUGCUGCGGCUGCAGGACCUGGUGGACAAGCUGCAGCUGAAGGUCAAGGCCUACAAGCGCCAGGCCGAGGAGGCGGAGGAGCAGGCCAACACCAACCUGUCCAAGUUCCGCAAGGUGCAGCACGAGCUGGAUGAGGCGGAGGAGCGCGCGGACAUCGCGGAGUCCCAGGUCAACAAGCUGCGGGCCAAGAGCCGCGAUAUCGGCACCAAGGGCCUGAAUGAGGAGUAGCUUUGCCACAUCUUGAUCUGCCCAGCCCUGAGGGUGCCAGCGAAGCUCCCGGUCCUGGAGCCUAUGUAGCAGCCCCUGGGGAGGAAGCAGAAUAAAGCAAUUUUCCUUGAAGCCAA